GUUUUUUCUCGUUGAAUGUGGGUGACGUGGUUUAGCUUGGGCUCAUAGGACGUUGCAGUUUUAAUUGUGCAGAACGUGCAUUGUUGUCGGAUUCAUCGUUGCUUGGUUGCUCGUUGCUUAGUUGCUGUUUACUUGGAACUCAUUCAACCCCUGUAUCAGGAAGUAUUGAAGCAGACAUUUCCGCUUUUCAGAUCUCAGCAAGACACGACACCUGUGAAGUGUGACCUGAUCACCCUUGCAUCAUCACCAUCACUAGCCCAACCAAGAUGGUCUCCCCAAUGUACACCGUCUACGUGGGGACCUUCAUCCAACUCCCCGCGACAUCUUCCCCGCACGAGGAGCACCAGCUCGCCAUCACCCGCGGCGCCUUAUGGGUAUCCAGCGCCGACGGUAAGAUUAAGGGCUUUGACUGGAGCAUCGCGUCCGAAAGCGACCUGCAGACGCUCCUGAAACGCCACGGCUGGGUGGUCGAUGGCCGGGGCAGCCGCACGAGCGUGGGAGUGAAGCUUGUGCGUGCGCGCGAGGAGGAGAACGAGUUCUUUUUCCCGGGGUUUAUUGACACCCACAUCCACGCCCCCCAAUACCCGAACACGGGGCUCUUCGGCAGCAGCACGCUCCUCUCAUGGCUCCAAACCUACACCUUCCCAAUAGAAGCCUCCUUCGCGAGCCCGGCCUCAAUGCCCAGCCUUCCCCCACCAACCGCCUACCGCGCGUACUCGCAGGUCAUAAGCCGGACGCUAAGCCACGGCACAACUACAGCGUCGUACUUCGCGACGAUCCACGUCCCAGCCACCAACCUCCUCGCCAGUCUCGCGCACAAACGAGGCCAACGCGCGCUCAUCGGCCGCGUCUGCAUGGACGACCCGGCGACCUGCCCGCCCUCCCUUAUAGAUACCUCCACCGCCACCUGCCUCCGCGACACCGAAGCCGUCAUCCAGCACAUCGAUUCCCUGUCCCAUCCUUCUUCCUCCGAAGGGGCCCCCAAGCUAAUCCAACCAAUAAUAACCCCCCGCUUCGCCCCCUCCUGCAGACCCACCACCCUCUCCGCCCUCGCCGCCCUAGCAGCACAACACAAUCCCCCCCUCCACAUCCAAACCCACAUCUCCGAGAACGUCCACGAAUGCGCCCUCGUCAAGCAACAAUUCCCCGAUGCAAACAGCUACGCCGACGUGUACGAUCGCGCGGGUCUGCUCACGCCCCGUACGAUUCUCGCGCACGCGGUGCAUCUGUCCGCGGACGAGACGAGGCUGAUUGCCGCCCGGCGCGCUCGGGUCAGUCAUUGUCCCACCAGUAAUUCCGCGCUCGGGUCCGGCAUAUGUCCUGUUCGGAGGCUGAGGAGGGCCGGGGUUGUUAUUGGCUUGGGCAGUGAUGUUAGUGGUGGGUAUAGUGUUAGUUUGUUGGAAGGGGUGCGUUCUGCGUGUUUGGUUUCGAGGUUGGUGGGGUUCUUGCGGGGUCAGCAUCACGAUAAGGUAGAAGUGGUUGAGGCCGAGGCCGAUCAAGAUAAGAAGCAGACAGAUGGAAAACGGGAUGAGAAUGACGAUGUCGUCUCCGUGGAAGAGGCGCUGUACCUCGCUACGCGCGGCGGCGCCGCCGUCCUCGAUAUGGCCGAGCUGAUCGGCGGCUUCGAUCGCGGCAUGGCCUGGGAUGCGCAGUUGAUUCGCCUCGGGGCCUUCCAGCCUGCGGCCUUGUGGGGUCCUGCGUCUCCCGUGAGUCCGGUUGAUGUGUUUGGGGCGGAGUCUUGGACGGAGAAGGUGCAUAAGUGGGUGUGGAGUGGCGAUGAUCGGAAUGUCAGGGCCGUGUGGGUGCAGGGUCGCUUGGUUCAUGGGGUUGAGGUUGAUGAUCCCCGCUGGUCGGCGCGGUGGAACUGGGUUUGGGGGUUGGUUGGGUUGGGCGCUGCGUGGGUGGUUGUUCGCAGGAUGAGGUAGGGAUCAUGGUUUGUGGUGGUUUCUGUUGUUCUUAGGGCUGGUUGUUGUGAUAGAGUUGUUUGUGGGGUGCCUUACGCUAAUAUCGUUUGUUGGAUGGAACUGGGGUCUUGGGGUCUCCUUGUUAC